UCAUUCUGUGCUUUGAUUUGAAGCUUUAAAGUUGUUUAUGGUUUGCGGAUUGUUGAUCGACUUGACAGAACGUUUUGCUUGAGACUUUUUGAUUGUCACUGUUUUCGUGUUUGUGAUUGUGAUAGCACGCGCAAUAAGUUUUUCGGUGAAUUUGGUGAUCGUAUAGUGGCGUAUAGUUGAUAAAAGUUUACUGUUAAAUAAAUAAAAUCUUAUUUUAUUUAACUCAAUCGUCAAAAGUAUAAAACUAUCAAAAUGCUGGACGGAAAACAAGACAAUGGAAAUGUGGAUAGUGUUGAUAUCAAACAAAGAACCAAUGGUGGUGGCGAUGAAGGCGACGCUCUGGGCAGUAACAGUUCUUCGCAACCCAACCGUGUCGCUAGGAUGCCAGUUGAUAGAAAUGCCCCUUAUUACAACAUGAACCAUAAACAUCGUGGUAUGGCCAUUAUUUUCAACCACGAGCAUUUCGACAUUCACAGCCUGAAGUCCCGUACUGGCACGAAUGUAGACAGCGACAACCUUUCCAAAGUUCUUAAAACCUUGGGAUUCAAAGUUACGGUGUUCCCUAACUUAAAAUCAGAAGAAAUCAAUAAAUUUAUCCAGCAGACUGCAGAGAUGGACCAUUCAGACGCUGACUGUUUACUUGUUGCCGUUUUAACCCAUGGAGAGCUAGGAAUGCUGUAUGCCAAAGAUACUCAUUACAAGCCAGACAACCUGUGGUACUACUUUACUGCUGACAAAUGCCCCACACUGGCUGGAAAACCUAAGCUCUUCUUUAUUCAGGCUUGCCAAGGUGACAGAUUGGAUGGUGGUAUUACUCUGAGCCGCACUGAGACAGAUGGCUCACCUUCUACUUCGUAUAGGAUUCCCGUACAUGCUGAUUUCUUGAUUGCAUUUUCAACUGUACCUGGAUACUUUUCUUGGAGGAACACUACCAGAGGUUCAUGGUUUAUGCAAGCUUUGUGUGAAGAGCUACGCUAUGCAGGAACAGAGAGGGACAUUCUGACAUUGCUGACUUUUGUGUGUCAGAAGGUUGCGCUAGACUUUGAGUCUAAUGCCCCUGACUCAGCGAUGAUGCAUCAACAGAAACAAGUUCCCUGCAUCACCAGCAUGCUCACACGCCUGCUUGUGUUUGGUAAGAAGCAGUCCCACUGAUAUACCGUGUUGUUGUGCUGUACCUAUGUUAGGUAUCCAAAUCUCAUUAGCUCUACUUAUACAAAUAUAAUAAGGAAGGCUACUGUUCCUUCUUGUCUAAAUUAGAUAAUAAUGUUCAAUGGCUGUUCAAAAUGUUUUAAUGUUAAAUGCAUUUUAACUUUUACUUUUUGAGAUUAAUUUUGGUUCUGCAUUUUUUUUAAGUGACUCAUAGUUUUUGGUGUCCAAAUGUAAUAAUGGUGGUUGUUAGAUGUAAAUUGUAUUGCCAUGUCACAAAUUAUGUAAGUAGUAGUACUUACAUAUUAUGUGCCAGUGAUAAUAAGUUUAGAAAAUUAGAAAAAAUGUAUUUUAUGCUCAUUUUCGUAGUUAAUAAUGAGUGCACAAACUUUAAAAUUAUAUUUCAUAAUAUUAUGUAUUUGCUCAAAUAAAAUAUAAAAGGAAAUACACUCCCAGCCAUGUUUGAAAAUUAUUCCAAGUUUUAAUACAAAAACAUUUGAGAUUAUAUUUCUAAAGUACUUAAUAAUAAAUAAUUUAUAAUCAUGAAGUGAACGAAAGAACAGACUGAUGAACAUGAACAAAGGAAUCAAUUUCUAUAGCAACUGUACAUAUCAUAAAUGUCAAACACCUUUUAUGUUUCUCUUAGGAUAAACUUGUGUUGUAAUAACUUAUAAAUUUAAUGAGCUAUUUAAAGGUCUGAUAUCAACAGUGUUACCUAUUUUUGUUAUGUUUUAUUUUUUUGCAUUAUUCAAAACUGUAGGCAGACCACCUUUGUUAAGACAUUUAUUUUUAAUAAGAGCAUUUAUUGUUGUAUUAGUUGUUAGUAGCACCAUAACAUUUCCUGCCAAUUUUACACUUAGUACCUACCUAUGUUUUCUUUUAAUUUUUUUGUAAACUGGCUUGAAUGAAAAUGUCUAGUAUUGCAUGCCCAUGUGUCAUAAUAAAAGUUUUAAUUAUAAUAUGUUUAAUUAUCAGUAAUGCAUUAUAUUAUAUAAGUAUUGUAAUAAUAAAACUUGAAUAUAAAAUUUUGGAUUCAGGUAUGUGAUAAUGGCAUCAAUUGACUGAUUUAACUUUAGUGUGAAUAAAGUAUCUGUGAGAACUAAAUUGCCAUGGAUUUAUAUUAGAAAUAAUAUUUUAGUUAUCAAUAUAUUAAAAUUGUGCCUUGUCCAACUGUAAAAGUAUUGUAGAAACUGUGAAGUGAAUACAAAGAGGAGAUGUUAUAUGUAUAACUGGAUUUUCUUUUAACAUAAUGCUUGACACUACGGGGAGCGCGGGACGUUACAAACCACACCCCUCUCUAUUUUAAACAUGCAGUUCCAUACUACAAUUAUGUUGCCAAUUGUCCACAUUUUAAUGUGCUAGUUUCUGAAUGGUUAGAAUCGAUCUACACCUUUUUACUUUAAUAUCAUUGGGCAGGGCCCAUUUGUUUUGUCACAGUGCACAAUUACAUUAUGGCAUCUCCUCUGUACCUACUUCAUGGUUGAAACACAGCUAAAUGAUGGAUCUUAUUAGUACUCUAGCUCUUCCCAUAGACUUUUGAUGCAAUGAUAUGAGUGGUUUGUAUUUUUUAUAAUAAAUGCUUAUAUACAGUAAACUUAAAGCAAUAAAUUCUUCCAUUCUAAA